CUCGGAGCCCUUCAGGGGCACUUUGGGGGUCCCACACCCCCCUGAUCCCCCCUUCUCCCACCCUCCCACAGAAGCUGGAAUUCUACCGGAGCCGCCAGCAGCUCCCGGCUCCCAAGUGGCCGGAGCUGGCGGCGCUGGUGGCCCAGAGCAUGGAAUACGAGCCCCAGCGCCGGCCCUGCUUCCGCGCCCUCAUCCGCGACCUCAACGGCCUCAUCAGCUCCGACUACGAGCUGCUCUCGGACCCGUCCCCCACGGAUGCGGCGCUCCGGGACGGCUUUUGGGGACGCGAUUCCCUGGAUCCCGAGCGCUUCCAGGAGCGGCACCUCAAGUACAUCUCGCUGCUGGGCAAGGGGAAUUUUGGGAGCGUGGAAUUGUGCCGCUACGACCCCCUGGGUGACAGCACGGGCGAGUUGGUGGCGGUGAAGAGGCUGCAGCAGGACUCGGCCAAGGAAAUCCGGGAUUUCGAGAAGGAGAUCCAAAUCCUGCACUCGCUGCAGCACGAGUUCAUCGUCCGGUACCGGGGCGUCUGUUACAGCCGCG